AUGCAUUCUCGAGCAUUUCUUGCGUCACUAUGUGUUGCAUUUACUCUAGCUGCAUCAUUAUCGACCAAUGACUUCGGCAACUUCGAACCUCCAGAUAUCGUUGAACGAGACAUUGCCAUCAUUGGCGGCGGCUCCGCAGGAACGUACUCGUCCAUCAGCCUGAAGGAUAAAGGCAAAUCCAUCAUCGUAAUCGAGAAAAAGAACCGCAUUGGCGGUCAUACAGAGACCUACAUCGAUCCCGCAACCGGCACCCCAAUAGACAUGGGUGUCGUAAUUUUUCACAAUCUUACAAUCGUCCGCGACUACUUUGCGCGGUUCGACGUUCCUCUGAUCACCUCUGGCUCGGAUGUAGACCCAAACGCUGUCUCCGUCACCGGAACCUACGAUCUCCGGACUAGCAAAGAGGUCAACAUUACGAGCCCAAGCCAGACGAAUGUAGGUGCAGCAUUCGCCAAGUAUGCUGAAUUUUUGGCAAAAUACCCACGCUUGAAUGACGGCAUGUUUCUGCCCGAUCCAGUGCCUGAGGAUCUCCUGAUGCCUUUCGGCGACUUCGCGAAGAAGUACGGAAUCGAAGACGCGGUUGCAACGAUGUUUAAUUACAACCCAGGCUUAGGCGACAUUCUCACCGUACCGAUGAUCGAGAAUCAAAGAGUAUGGGGCCAAAGUUUGGUGCAGCAAUUAGCUGGCGGAUUCCUAACGACCAAACACCACAACAACAGCGAAUUAUACUCAAAAGCGCAAGCAGAACUACUCGCCGCCGAAAGCCUUCUACUGCAGUCCCACGUAAUAUGCUCCGAGCGCUCUGACGGAGGCGUCAAGUUAAUCGUCCAAACCCCUGCAGGUCGGAAACUCAUCAAGGCAAAGAAGCUCCUCAUCACAAUUCCUCCUCGGCUCGACUUCCUCGCCCCAUUCAAUCUAAGCGCCCAUGAACGCAGUAUAUUCGGCAAACUGAUCGACGCAGGAUACUACACCAGUAUCCUAAAUAAUACUGGCCUCCCAGACGAUCUAAGCAUCACCAAUUACCGCUCAGACACCGCAUAUAACCUCCCACAGCUACCAGGCGUAUACGGCAUCGGCAGCACCCCCGUUCCCGGCCUCAAACUCGCAUACUACGGCACCCCUCGCUCCAACUCUACCUACCCGCUAUCGGACCAACAAGUGAAAUCUGAAAUUGUCAACGCGAUCAAAACGCUUCAAAAGGCGAAUCCGGAGACGUUCAGCGCGGAAGAGCCACAAUUCGUGGAGUACAGCUCGCAUACACCUUUUUAUCUGCAGGCGAGGCCAGGAGAUACAAAGGCGGGGUUCUAUCGGGAGAUGUAUGCGUUGCAGGGGGAGAGGAAUACGUUUUGGACGGGUGCGACGUGGAGGGCGCAGGAUAGUAGUGAUAUAUGGAGGUAUACGGAGGAGGAGGUUUUGCCUGGGUUGGUGAAGGAAUUGUGA